GAAACGGUUGCUAAAACGCUAAUCACAACAAGAUAGAUAAAAAAGAAUACCCUUUGUUACAAAAGAGAGAAGAAAAAUCUUGUCUAUAGCAAUUACACAAGAGUUCUGGGAACGUGUAGAAAAUUUUAAAAAUUUCUUUUUGUGGAAUAAUGUUAAUGAUAUAACGUUUUCAAAAGAAAAAAAUCACAAAAGUUUUGAUAAAGCGAUAAAAUCAACACUUUUAAGUGUUAUUUUAUAUUUUCUAAGCACUUUUUCGCGAUUAUUACCGAAAAAGGGGAGCAUUUUCUACAGAAAAAACUGAUUUUUUUUACAUCUCUACAAGAAAUUCGAGGGUAAAGGAGUAGCGUUGAUUUGAAUUAAAUCUUUAACAAAAGAAACCGAGUUUAUGUCGCCGCAUAAAAAAUAAUUUAUUGAUUUAUAACAUAAAGUCCAAACAUAACGGUAUAAUAUAGCAACCAUCAUUGCACAUACAUACAUACAUAGCUGCAUAUACACAGCCUAGGUGUCGUCGUAUAUCACACAACUUAACACCCGAACUCAUCGACCAAUUGCCGAGCAUUACAGAAGUGCGAGCAACAAAGCGAGAGAGAGAGCGGAAGUAUAAAGCACUAGUGCUUAUAAUCUCUCUCACACUUCCUCUCUUUAUAUUUGGGCAAACCAAAAAAAAAACUAAUCAACAAAGUGUAGUUGUAUUUUGGCUCCCAAAACGACAAAAAUAACGGAGACAAGAUACACUUAAAACCACCAUUAUAACAACAACCUCUGACAAGGACGACAAUAAUUAUCCUUAUACAACACGAGCAGCAUAAUUGUAAGGCCUUACAACAUAACAACAGCAAGGACAUUUGAAACUAACCCAAUAACCUAAAAAAGGCAACGGCUAUAUAGAAAGUGUAACCUCCACCUCAAUCUGAAUCUCUAUUGCAAAGAUGUUGCCAUAAAUUGUAUCUGUUAUUGCUGCUGCUGCUGCCGCCGCCGCUGCUGUUGCUUUCAAUCAGCACUUUCCGUAUGUUUGGUUUUAAAUUUUCACCUUGAGUUCGUUGCAGCACAAGUUCACAAUAGAAACUGGAUAUAUAAUAAUCUCCUCUACGAGACCGAGACAACUAAACAAGUGCCAAAUAUUUUUUGUACCAUAAAGAGCAAGUGAUAGAGUUAAACGAGAUUUUUUUAUACACUAUACCUUGUAAUUGACCAGCAGAGAAAUCCUACUACCGGAGGCAAUCGCCCAACAAUAACUGUUCCCGACGACAGACAACGAGCCACGCUUCUCGCACUUCUUCAGGUGCCUGAGCGGUUUUAGUUGUCAGUGUCCGUCGUCGUCAUCGUUGUCGCUGACCGUUAUAUUUCUCUACUCCCCCCUACUUAACUUACUGCGCGCAUUCGAAUUUGUUUUAUACAAGAGAAAUUGUAAUAAAAACUCACAAAAUUCCGCCGUCUAUCGCAUUUGCGUUUGCGAAACUAUUUUGUGGCGGCCUCAAGCGUAGCAGAUUUAAACCAAUGCAUUUAGGUUUGAAACAUCAUAAACCAACAAAUAAAAAGCAUCAAAAACGAUUUUCCGGCAGUAGUAAAAUAUGUCUUUAUCCCGAGGAGAAUUCCCUUUACAGGAUUCACGGGGAUCAGUGUACUGCGCGAGUGAACCGGACCCAGUUGGUCGAGUCCAGUACGAGUCGGGAAGGUUCGUUCACUCCAACGCUAGCAUUGGUCAAGGCCAACUCAACAGCCACUCUGCCCUUGAUGGUAACAACUCCACCGAAAUCAUUGAAGUCAUCUGUGAACCUCAAUACAGACGAGAAGAGGAACAUGGUGAGUUGCCCAUUGUCGCCUGCUCGCAGCCGCCAGCCCCAUCGUUGCUUACCGAAUGUCAGCAAUCCAGCGGUUCGCUCUUCUCAAUUGUCUCAGCACCACCAGUGCCGUUGGGCGAUAUGGAUGCCAAGCAAAUGGAUACGCUCGGUGUUGGACUCCAAAGCGGUUGUGGAUUGGGCCUGCAAAUGGGAGGUAGUGCACAAAAUCCAUUCAUUACGACCCAUUCGGCGGUGUCGAUCAAUGAAGUCGCUGCAUCGGCUCCGGGAUCGGCCACCUCAACAAUACCAAGGCGUCCCAUCUCCUUGCCCAUCGAAGCCCCCUACUGUCCGGCUAGCCGCACGUUGCACGCCAGUUUGUUGGAACACCAGAUAUCGGAAAUUGAGGAGGAUGACAAUGAGAACUUGUUAACGGUCUCAAGUAUUACGGCUAGACCUUUAAUUGCUAAAUCGCGUGAAAUACGCUCGAAUCGCAACAAUCACGGUGGCAAUGACAACAAACGUAAGCGUGGUAAGGGUGCCCAAAGAGCGCCCAGUGCCAUUUCCAGCAUCUCAAGUUCAAGGGAGCGCGCCAGCACUGGUCAUCCACCGUCAUCACGUUCCUCAAUCAGCACCGAUCCACCCGAUGGUGGCUACGGCUGGUUCAUUUUAUUCGGUGCAUUCUCGGUACAAUUUUGGGUGGCGGGACUGGUGAAAUCCUAUGGGGUACUCUAUGUGGAAAUAAUGGAAACAUUUCCCAGCUCUACAGCAACGGUGGCCUCCUGGAUACCCGCCAUACUGUCGGCCCUAUGUUUAGCUUUAGCACCUGUCUCCAGUGCCCUAUGUCAACGUUUCUCUUGCCGCACUGUGGUAUUUGUUGGUGGUCUUUUCUGCGCCCUGGGCAUGACUCUGAGUUACUUUGCUACAAGUCUGGUACAUUUACUCUUUACCUUUGGCAUUUUGACGGGCAUAGGUGGGGGCCUCUCCACCACACCUGGCAUUGUUAUUGUGUCGCAAUAUUUCGAUAAGCAUCGGGCAUUGGCCAAUGGUAUUUGCGUUUCUGGCACUGCCACAGGUAGUUUUAUACUGCCAGUGCUGAUAAAGCAUUUGGCUGAGAACUUUGGUUUCCAUGGCACAAUACUAAUAUUGGGCUUCUGCAUGUUUGAUGUGUGUCUUUCGGCUCUGCUGUAUCGCCCUUUGGAGUCGAUGCAAAGCGAUGAGAAGGCCAUCGAUGAGGAGGAUGCCACAAAACCACUGAACGACAUAAAUCCCAGCAACACAGAUAUGUUGACCAACUCAACCUACUUGGAUACAUGUGAAGAUGGCUUGAAUACCAAAUUUAUAGAACAUUUAUUUAUGGAGGAGUCCAAAAAUCGUCUCAAUGACUACUAUAGUAAUAGAUACAAUGCAUCUGAAAAAUCUGUUCCUACCUGCGCCCAAGAGAGUGAUGACGAAGUCAAGGAUAUAAUUGGUGAGACAACCUUUAUAAAGCCCAUGAAGAAGGUUCGCAGUUCCGGCAUCAUGCAUUCCGUUGAAGAUCUAAGCACCACCUCGACCUGGGUUUAUCGCAAGAAUUCCGGUACCGAAUCGAAUCGUGCUUCGCGGCGUCGGCGCAAUGUAUUUGCAAAUGAUGAAAUUAUUUCCAAGAUACAGGCACAUCUGGAAAAACCCCUCUCACCGCCCACCGUGGUGACGCGUGGCCUAAGCAAAAGCAUGGAAAUACCCACACCCAUCAGCAGCAUGAGCGAACAAAAAUCCACAGAAAAUCCUCAAAAUGGUAGCAUUAUUGGAAUCAAUUCCCUGGAAGAAGAUCCCGAUGAUGUACCCUUAACAUGUUAUGAACGUGUCGAGAUCUACUUGGAUAUCAGCCUAUUGAAAGAUCCCACAUUUAUAUUGAUGUGCUUAUCGGUGACCCUAAUGUCAGUGGGUUGUCCUUAUAUGUUGUAUUAUCUACCUGCGCAUGUUAUAUCCAUUGGUUACAAUAAAAGCGAAGCUGGUUACCUGGUUACAGUUAGCGCUGUUCUCGAUUUAGUUGGACGUUUGGGUUUGGGAUGGCUUUCGGAUUUGCAAUUGUUUGACCGCAGGAAGAUCUAUGUUGUGUGCAUUUUUGGUGCUGGUCUCUCGGUUCUGACCAUACCCUCGGAAUACACUAUUUACUUGGUGGGCCUAUCAGCAGCUAUCUAUGGAUUUUGUUUGGGCAGCUGGUAUGUUCUAAUGCCCGUACUAUUAGCCGAUAUCUUUGGAACUGAUCGAAUUAGCUCAAGUUAUGGCUUGGUAAGAAUGUUUCAAUCGAUUGGAGCCAUAUCUGUACCACCGUUAGCUGGUUAUCUGCGCGAUUUAUCCGGUAGCUAUGCUAUUGUCUUCUAUUGCAUGGGUUCCUGCAUGGUCGUUGGAUGUGUACCACUUCUGGUAUGGGCUGUUUUGGAAUGCCGCGAACGAAAAUUAUACGAGAGCAAUGAUAACGAAGACGGUUCAUCCGUAUCCUAAACGGGUUUGGUAAUAUUUAAGCAAAGUGAAAACAAAAAAAAAAAAAAAAUACAAAACAAAGUUUGAAUCCAGCAGUGUGGCAUAAAAAAGUGAUACUAAUUUGUAUGAAGAUGGUGAGUGUGUACUAGAAGUUUAAGCUACAACAAAUUUCAAAGAAAUUUAAAUGAGCGCAAACAGUUUGUUGUUAAGUUAUAUUUUAGCUAUUAGUAAGGUUGAUUGCCAAGUAGAUUGUUAUGUUAGAAACAGAACGGAAAAGAAAUUUAAAUUUAAAUAAACAAAAAAAGUCGGACCAACUCAAAAUUUCGCUAUAGAGGUCAUUGGCAUUUCUCAUUCGAAUGUCAAAUACCUUUAAAACUACUUACAAAUGAUGGAUAUCCCAAAUGUAUUUAUGAUUUAAUUUCGAAUAUGUUUUUAAACCUUAUAUUAUUUCCUCAAAUAGUUUUCGAUGGAUAAUAAAAACUGUUCGUGUAAGGGACCCUUAAGAAAAUUCAAGCGUGUGAAGGGAUCUAUACCCCAUGUAACUCAGUAUUUGGACCGUAUGGUGGCGCUGAAAGUGGAAUGUUUGCAUCUACUACCGAACCAGUCGGAGUCGGUGGCUAGGUGGGGAAUCUGUUGAUGCUGUAACAGUAUGUUGUGUCUUCAUUUUUAAUACAUUUGCUAGGCUCUGCCAAGUAUCCAGAUGCAGGAACACUGCCACUUACUUGCAUGGAGUGCGUCCAGAGGGAACUGGUUGUAAGUUUAGUAGCAUUGGCUUGACAGAUGAACAGGUGCCGUGUGUCGUGUGGCCCCAGGUCACAAGCGUGACACAUAUUCUCCACGUUGAUAUCAAAUCUAGCCCAGUAGGAAUUGAGGCGGCUGCAUCAGCUAAAACGUAGUUGAGCCAGAACUGCUCUGAUUUGCCUAGCGAGGUAAACCUCUUUAGGUGUAAUGGGUUGCGGUUGGUCUCCAAGAAGGGCAUAUAGUCCAAAGCUGCUCACGACCUUUACUACCGCAUUAGAAAAACGUGAUACGCGGCUUGAUCUAGAGGUUCUAUUUUGUAGCGCUUUUUUCUUGGCCAAACCAAACCAAGAAGCUCCGCAGAAUGAAAACUCUCGGUCAUUUUACGACUGGUGACUACUCAAAUAAUUCGCGAUCGAAUGUUUCAGGCCAAACAGAAGGAACCUGUUGUCGAUGUUCUUUCUCAAAGAGUGGGGCAUGGAUAAAUGUGCCGUAGACUAUCGAUAAGUUCAGAUCACGAGGACCAUCUUUUGACACGGCUUGAUCUGGUUGAGACGGUGGUAUAAAAUAAGGCCCCAAUGUAAUAUGAAAUAAGGCUCCACAGUAAUAUGAAAUAAGGCCCCGAUGAUAUAGAUAUCUCUUUAGCAUGGGGAAAGAAGCUCCGUAGAAUGAAACUCCCACGACUGGCGACCACACAAAUUAUUCGCGAUUCAAAGUUUCAGGCCAAACAUAAGGAACGUGUUGUCGAUGUUCUCAAGGAGUGGGUCAUGGCUAAAUAUACUGUAGGCCAUCGUUAAAUUCAGAUCAAGAGGACCAUCCUUUGACAUGGCUUGAUCUGGUUGUGACGGUGGUAUGAAAUAAGGCCUCAAACUUUUUUACAUGAAACAAAAACAACGAUAUUUGGGGCUUACUUUAAUUUUUUAGGCCCUAAUUUCAUUUAAAAAAUUGGGGCUUAAUUUCCUAUGAAAUAAACCCCCAAAUUUGGAGAUGCUACAAUGCCCCAAAUUUACUUUUGGGGCCUAAUUUAGUUUGCUAAAAUUGAGGAGUUUUUUCACACAGGGAGCAAAAGAUAAAUUUGGCAUAGCAAUCAUUUGGGCUUUCUGUCAUUCCAAAAAAUCUUUUUUGGAAUUUGUAGAAUCGUUUGGGCGAUAUGAUAUUUGUCGUUUUGGGCGAAAUGACGCAAAUUACGCCAUAAAUUUACUGUUCUUCCAUUUAUUGGCGAACUCAUUUUCAUUUAAUUUUUCUUUGUAGUUUUUAAUUAUUAAUUUUAGGGGUCUUAUUUCAUUGUGAUAAAAAGGGGUUUAUUUAAUUUUCCGCUUAGAGCUUUAUUGCAUCGAUAGGAUUUGAAACCAGAAGUUCAGCGUCAUAGGCAGACAUAUUAAGCUCUGCGAUGCGAUGCACAGUGUUGCCAAAUCAAAAAUCUUGGAAAUAAUUCUGCAACUCUUGAACGGAUUGAGAUAUGAAUACAAAACUUGAGGUGUUUUUUUACCGACGAUACCUUGACUAAAAUUAAAAAAAAAAAGAAUUUGCUGUAAAUCCAAUAACUCAUAAACCGUUAGACAUUUCAGUAUGUUUUUUGUACGCCGAUCGGCCCAUAAAUAACCUCUGGACCUAUAGGAUAUCUAAAUUUUGCAUACAUAUUGGAAAACAAAUUUCGUGUCCAUAGCUUUAUCCGUUCAAAAGUUUCAGAAUUAUUUUCAAGAUUUUUCGAUUGGGCAACACUGUGCGGUGGCCUUGAGAUCACUCUACCCAUUUUCCAGACCAGGUCGGGUAUUCGACUCGCAGUACAUCCUCAUUCUUCAGCAUCAGUGUAGAGAUUCUAUUGGGACCUAGCGUCUUGGACGACAUAACAGUGUGCGUCAGAGAACUGCAAGCAAUGGUAUUUUUCUAAUUUGCGGCAUACUUAAUAAGUAUUACUAAUAAAAAUGCGGUGUUAGUAUCUAUGGCCACCGCAAUUGGUACGGUUUUAUGCUCAGCACACGUAUAUGAAUGGCGAUCUUAUAAAUACUCGUACACACAUUUCCAUGCAUCGUGUAUCACCGCUUUUAACAUCGUCUUUGCCCGUUGCGACGUUAUGAGUGAAUUACAUACUACAAUGGAAACACCGGAUCAGCACAACACAUUCAUUCAAAUCAUAAUUGCGGUGUUACUUUUACAAAAAAAUACUUUAAUGCUAAUACUUUAAUGCUUUAAUACUAAUAUUCUCAUUUUUUGGGGUUUAAAAAAAAAAAAUUGCGGUGUUUGUGUUAUUUUUGACAAAAACUCAUCAUACAACCGCAUGUACAAGAGACUCAUGAGCAUAAGUAGUAUUUGCGGUGGUACACAUACACAUCAGCACCACCGCAAACUCAUUUGUGUUUUUGUAUAAGCCAGUUGCGUUGAUUAGAGUUAAUAUUUGGUAAUUUUGGGGUGUACCGCAAAUGCGAUACACCGCUGCAGAUCUCUGGUGUGAAUGAUAUUUAGAACUUCGUCCACGUUAGAUUGUGAUGGUUUUACAUUGGCUUUUAGACCACAGAUGUGACGAAUGACACUCCUCCUCGCCUAAUCACUGUCGGUAUGCUAAAUAAAUUGAGGGUUGAACAAACUGGCAUAUCUCUUUGGACCAGUCACAUUUACGUCGCCAAAAGUGAUCAGUCCUGUCCUGUCGAAAGAACGAUAAUAAUGCUCCAUUGGUCCUGAUUGGUCUGUCCUGUCGAAAGAGCGAACUCCAUAAUGCUCGUUAGCGAGUUCUGUUAUCUGUACCGGUGAAAUGGACUGCGCAUAGGGCGUUCGACCUCAAUGUUAGGUUAGGUGAGGUUGGGUUGAAAAGAGGGUGCAAAUAUUAAUCCGCCUCAUGCCACUAUGGACAUACAACAAAGUCAGUAAUCGGCUUGUUGUGCGCCCUAAAUACAAAAAAAAGUUACCUCGAAAAAGAAAAUCUAAGUUACAAAUUCCGUGUUACUUACAAAAUCCUUAAUAGUUUUCAAUAUAACUCAUCUAAGUUGGUUCAUGUCUGGUAUUAUGUCUCCACCUAAGUGCCGGUAUCUGCUAGACGCGAUAGCCGGGCAAUGACAAAAGAAAUGCUCCAACGACUCAUCAUCUUCCCCGCAUGCCCUACACAUGCUAUCACUUACCACACCGAUUUAACAUAAGUGAGCUCGUAGUCCUAUGUGUCCCGUCAUGAUACCAAUAGCUAUACUGACCUCCUUCUUACUUCCUUUCAGUAAUAGCCUCGUCUUCUCACGAUCUGGAUCCCCCAUAGGAUUUUCGCCGUCCUACCAACCGUUUCGCUGUUCCACAGUGUUGACUGUUCAUUCGUCACCCACGCCCUUAACGCGGACUGCGUCGACCCGAAAGGCAUCGGACUAACCAAAUUUAUCGACGGCAGUUCCCUGGCCUUCACUGCCAAAUCGUUUAGCUCAGAGAAGCGGCGAUCGUAUUCUCUGCUUUCGUCCCAAUCAGCUUUCUUCUGAUUGAUAAACGUAAGGCCUUUAGAGGUUAUAAGGUUAGGUCUACCAUCAACUGUAGUAGGACUUAGGAGUUGUUGCUUUCAACAAGAUGUCACUGAGCACCAUUAUAGGAGUCAUACCUUUUAUAUCAUCAAUCUUCUUAUCUCCCCUCUAGGCUUGUUCUGGGGACUUACACUUUUUAACUUUCUCGUCUGCACUUUCUUUACUCGCUAGGAUAUGACAAUGGCCCAAACUGCUCUUCAAGUGAACUCACCUUUAAAUCUUUACUGAAACCUGACACAAGAUAGAAAUUUUUCUAUUCAUUUUUAUACCCUACCACCACUGUGGUACAGACCAUUUUGAUUUUGUGCAUUUUUUUUGCAACUCUAUGUAGAAGAAGAGCUAGACCCAUCGAUAAGUAUACCGUUCGGCUUAGAAUCACUUCCUGAUUCUAUUUAGCUUGGUUUGUGUGUCUGCCUGUCCGUCUGGGAUCCGUCCAGGAAUCUUUGCCCUAAGAUAUGUUUCUAUCAACCCCUCAAGAGUCUUCAGCAUAAAGGAUGACUGACUAAUAGGACGAAAAUCUUUCACCUUCGUGUGGUAGGGUUUUCCUGCUUUCGGAAUGAAAAUGACCUUCGUGUCUCUCCAUCCCAAUGGCAUAUAUGAUAUUCUGAUAGAAGCAGAGUAUAUCUCCCUAAGCCAGGGAACUAGUCUAUCAGACACAGCUUGUAAUUCAACCGGUGAUACAUUAUCCGGGCCUGCCGACUUAAACGAGUCGAAACUUCUUAUCGCCCAAAGGAUUUUCGGCUUAGACACAAUUUCUCUAAUAGCCUCCGACAAAUGCAUACCAGUCACUACCCCUUCUGGCGCCAUGUUGCCCGUUGGAGAUGUGUAUCAAUGUUUCUUCUUUUUAGCCGAGGGACCUCUUCUGCAGUAUUUUCUCCAAGGCUGAAACUAAUAUAACGAUUAUCAGAGAAGCUGUGGUCAUCCAACACUUCCGAGUCGCAUAUUCUUCGACUUACAUCUUUCGAUAGAAAGGUAAUAUCUAGUACUUCCUGCCUGUUCCUGGUAAUAAAGAUCGGUUUAUCCCCUCAAUUGAAAAUCUCCAGAUUGCAACUUGUAAUAUAUUCAAUAAGCAGCUCACCCUUUUCGUUCCUACAAUGAGGCUCUUCUUCCCUACUGAAGCGACUUCAACCAGCGACUUAAGGUUUGAAGGUGGCAUCUCCGAAUCGUGUGCCAUAUAUAGGGAAGCCAGCCAGUAAUGAGACCUGUAUAUGUCAAGGCUGGCUACUACUAAAUCUUCAGUGCUUUGCGACGGAAGAAGAAAAACCUUUAGACUACUCUUUGCAAGAAUACAGGCUCUGUGUCUCCCAUUCCCUGUGCCCUUGAAAAGUUUAAAUCUCGGAAUUCUUAGUCCACGAACCAUUCUUUCACACACUCAUGGUUCUGGAUAAGAACCACGUCAAAUCCCCCUGCCAUCAGCGGGACCUUUAGUGCCGCCGAAACGGUCAAAAAUAAUGACCUAUUACGAGUUACAGGAAAAUUCUUGCGUAGGGAAAUAACAAAACGUCCGCUCCACUCAACGGUUCAAACAUGAACAACUGUGCUAAGUAUGGUUCAUAUAGGUCUAUAACCUCAUAUAGCCGGCAUAUUAACCGAUCUGGGAUCUUGACUUCUUGAGCGUCUAGGGGGCGCAAUUAUUAUCCGAUUUGGCUGAAAUUUUGCAUGUUGCGUUUUGGUAUGACUUUCAACAAGUGUGUCAAGUAUAGUCUAGAUCAGUCCAUAACCUGAUAUAGGUGCCAUAUAAACCGAUCUUCCGAUUAAACUUCUUGAGCCUCUAGAGGGUGUA